GACAUUUCCGGUUCCGGGUCAAGUGUGACAUUCAGUGUUUAGACAGCAGAAAUGCUCGCUCGGUUGGUGCGUCUAGGGCCUACCCUGUCCCGGUUUCGCAUAAAUCCAGUUCUCGGGGUCCGGUUCGUAUCCCAAACGACACCGUCCGGAGCUGCCGGUUCGGCCACAGUUUCGGAUUUGCAGCCCGCACAUGCCAAGGAUAGUCAUCAUGGACACGCAGAGGUCAGCGCAUACGAGAAGAAUCCAGAUUAUCAUGGAUUCUCACGGGAUCCUGUUGUUGAUGUGUGGAACAUGAGGCUUGCCUUCUUCUUUGGCAUCUCUGUAGCCAUCGUUGUUGGGAGUACCUUCAUCCACUAUUUACCAGACCAUGGAAUGAGGCAGUGGGCCAGGAGGGAGGCAGAGAGGCUCGUCAAACAGAGGGAGGCGGAGGGUCUUGCUCUUAUUGAGGAGAACUACUAUGACUCAAGCAAGAUUGUGCUACCGGGAGCUGGAGAGGAGUAGGAUGUACAAUAAGAAUCUGUUUAUUGACAAGCAGCUUAUUCAUCUUGGACUGUACAUUUGAAUUGAUUGUGUAAUAAAAUGUUUAACAUGCCUAGUAA